CACGGUGCACCUCACAGCAGAGGCGAUGUGAGUAUCCUCAAGUCUCCAACCGAGGCCGAAAACAAGGGAGUGUCAAUUGAAAAACUCUUGCAGCGUAUCAAUGAGAGUCCCGUUGGCGAGCAAGUCAUCGCUGCUAUCCUAGCUGCUUCUCGAAACCUGCAACCUCCUGGUUCUAUUUCUGAAACACGCAGCGGACAAAAUCCAAUAGAAGACACGCCUGAAUUCGGAGCUGCAUCAGUGGCAUAUACCGUUACCAACUCAGAAAACCAGCGGGCGGAGUAUAGUCGUUCAAAUGGUGACUCUGGAAGCUCGCUCGUAUCGCCCUUACAUAUCCUCGCCGAUGCCGUCGAGACCGAAAGACUUGCAGCUCUCCAUAUCCUAGAUCCCACUCCAGAGUUGGUCCAUCACGAUGAUGCCCUGCCGAACAACACAAACAAUGCAUGGCUCUCUCGACAGUCCACUGAAAGAUUAGUCAAANNGCCUAGCUCAUUGUCACAGAAGGACUGGCAGGUUCUAGCUUCACAGCCAGCCAAUGCNCCCCUGAGGCUUAGCUCCUUGACCUGCGAUCCGAUCAGUUCUCGCAUUAUCGACGACACCGAUGCUGAGAGGUAUUUUGACCUAUUUUUCAAGAUUCGCAAUCCGCUCGUUUGUCUUCUGGACCCUAUACUUCACACAUCGGAGAAUGUACGACCAUUAUCUUUCACUCUCUUCUCGGUCGUCUGUGCACUGGGUUGUGCAAUCUCCGAUAAGCAAAGAGAUCGAUUGGUAUAUCCUACUCUGCUAGCCUUGGCAGAGAGCAAUAUCAAGUGGUCGAUCGCAACGUCUGUCAAGUCUGUGGAGACUAUCCAGGCGAUCUUCACCAUGGAAUACUGGUCACCCGUGCAUGAGACACAGAAGGAUGAUCCCUACUGGUUGCAUAUAAGCCACGUAAGAGACUGUAUCAUCAAUCCACCAUUCUAUACUGACUUUGUGCAAUACAGNGCCAUUCUGAUCGCCAGAGAAUUAGGCCUCAACAAAGCCAAGGCAGUAACAGAGCUAGUCGCGACGUACACUUCUUCUACAGCAAGCUCGAACUUUAAGGAACGGUUCUGUCGUAACAUUGAGAGGACGUGGUUUGCCGCGUUCUUCGCAGAAAAGAGCUUCGGCAUUGUGACCGGACGCGUGAUGAACGUUGGUCGAUCAGAGAUAUCAGAAUCAAUUUCUGAAUGGUGGAAGAAACCAAUGGCAUGUCCCUUCGAUCGCAUCAUCAGUGGCGUCGUCGAGAUGCGUAUCCUUNNCUUGUAA